AAAACGUCUUCCCGCUCUUCUGCACACACGGCAUCACAUGGCUUGUGCGCACGUGUUGGUGGAGUCCUUCGUUUCGUUUUGUGUGUAAUGUCGGGUAAUGAUCCAGAAGGGAAGCGAAAUCAUCGAGUUCUUGGCUUGCUCAAUACGACGAGUUUGCCGUCAGGAAGCGUGUAAAUCAUGCCGCCCAAAGGAAAAAGCACUAAGUCCGACUUUCUGCAGUGUGGUGCCUGUGGUGUGAUAGUAGCAUCUAAAGAUGCUGCCUUGCAUGAGCGGGUGUGCUCACGAUGCAAAUUUGAGGGCGAAAAGUUAGAUCACGACUUUAUACACGACGGCGUUUUGCACGGGACUCUUCAAGAUUAUCUAGGUGAUGAUACGAUUACGCUUCCCGAGUGGAUGAAGUGUCAGCUGUUGUAUCUCCAUCCGUCGUGCAUGAAGACGUGUAACACAGGGAUCAAGGAUGUCGUGGAAGUCUCCCUGGAGGGCCAAACAAAUCUGCUUAUUGCGUGGCCUUCAACCAAUGUCGGUCUCACAUGUGUAGCCAUGUCCAAGCGCUACAGAACAAGCAAGUCCAAAGCAGUGACUGUAAAGAGGCACUACGGCUCAAUUGUUGCCGCCAGCAGUGUUACAGUGAUUUCCACUCAGGACGCAAUCAAAGAAAACGACCCAAGCCUCCAGAAAUGCCUUUUACAACAAAAUAUGGGAAUUUUUGUGAAGCCAGGGUCUCUGCUUCAAUGCUGCUUUUAUGGCCAAAUACUGAACUUUGAAGUGCUUGAAACACGAGGUGAAGAUGGUUCUUUAUUAGAGAAUCCAUCUCGGUGCUUUAUGUCUCAUAAUGACAACAGCUUAGGUGAAAGUAUGAAAAGACUUGCAAUAUGUGAAGAAUUAAGUGGUGACAGUAGUUUUAAGGCAACCUUUGCUUCUCCUCAUUCAAGGACGCCUGCCAAAACAGGUUCAUGGUCAAUUCACAGUCCCAUUGCCUUCAGUACACCAAAGUCAGUAUUGCACUGUCGUGAAAGUGAGAAAGCAACCUUUCAUCGAAUCAGAUCAAGCACAGAUAUUGUCAUAAGGUCAGCAGCUGAACAGGCUGGUGAGCGGCCUACAUGUACUGGCUACGACCAUAUUGGAGGCCUCGACAAAGAGAUUCAGCAACUUCGAGAACUUUUUGAAGUGCCUCUCAAGCAUCCUGGGACAUUUACUCGAUUCGGGUUGAAGCCACCAAGAGGGGCACUUCUCUUUGGUCCUCCAGGCACUGGAAAAACUAUGCUUGCACGAGCAGUUGCAGCAGAGUCAAAAGCAGCACUUGUUGUUAUAGAUGGUCCCCAGAUUUUUAGCAAGUACUAUGGAGAAACUGAAGCCACACUAAAAAGCUUAUUCAAGGAUGCUUCUGAGAGAGCACCAAGCAUUGUGUUUAUAGAUGAGAUUGACGCAUUGUGUCCCAAACGUGAGUCUGGGAUGUCCAAUCAAGAGGCAAGGGCAGUGGCCACCUUGGUGUCCCUCAUCGAUUCAUUGCCGCUUGUUGAGGACAAGUGGGUUUUAGUGCUGGGUGCCACUAACAGACCCAACUUUGUUGACCCAUCCCUGCGCCAGCCUGGUCGUCUUGACAGAGAAAUUGAAAUCGGCGUUCCCACUGCACAUGGACGGCAGCAGAUUCUUCAGAAAAUAUUGAGUAAUGUCAACCACUCACUCAGCAACGAAGACAUCACAGAAAUAGCAGAUGUUGCCCAUGGUCUCACUGGAGCAGAUUUGGCAGCUGUUUGUGCUGAUGCUGCCCUGCGUGCUCUUGAAAGAAACAUCGCUAGCAAGAACAUCAGUGAUGCCGCCUUGUCCCAAGUUGUGCAGUUGACAAAAGCAGACAUGGCUACGGCACUGCGUCAUACCAAGCCAAGUGCAAUGCGUGAGGUUGCUUUGGAGAUUCCCAAGGUGCGCUGGAGCGAUAUUGGAGGAAUGAAGGAGGUUAAGCUAAAACUGCAGCAGGUCGUGGAAUGGCCGUGGAAACACAGGGACGCCUUCAUCCGUCUUGGGGUGACACCUCCAUCUGGAGUGCUACUGUAUGGUCCACCUGGCUGCUCAAAGACCAUGAUAGCCAAGGCAUUGGCCACGGAAAGUGGCCUCAACUUCAUUGCAAUCAAGGGACCAGAACUGUUCAGCAAGUGGGUUGGUGACUCUGAGCGAGCUGUUCGAGAUCUCUUCCGCAAGGCCAGAGCAGCAUCACCUUGCAUCAUAUUUUUUGAUGAGAUUGAUGCCUUGGCUGUGCACAGGGGAAGCACAAGUGGCAGCAGCAAUGUUGGGGAUCGUGUCAUUGCCCAGCUGCUGACAGAAAUGGAUGGCAUAGAGAAACUGCAAGAUGUCAUCUUAGUAGCAGCUACAAACCGUCCAGACAUGAUUGACCAGGCCCUUAUGCGACCGGGAAGGUUGGACAGCAUUGUGUAUGUGCCACUGCCCGACAUUGACACACGAAAGGAAAUUCUGCACCUGAACCUUUCAAAGAAGCCUUUGGGAGAUGAUGUUGAUCUUGAAGACCUGGCACGUAAAACUAAUGGCUACUCUGGUGCAGAGGUUGUGGCUGUCUGCCAAGAAGCGGCACUGCGUGCUCUGGAAGAAGACAUAAAUGCCACGUGCAUCGAGGGUCGGCACCUGGAGGCAGCGCUGAAUCUGGUCCAGCCACGCAUCUCGCCAGAGUCUAUUCAAUUCUACAAGUCCUACUGGGCAUCUUCUCAGAGCAGGCACACAUCGAAAGAGUCAUGAGUGCGGCGCU